GGCUGGGAGCCGUUUGAGAGGCGCUGGAGCGGGCACCGCGACUGGGGCGCUUCCCCAGCUUCCCGGGGGCAGGAGGAGCGGACCCAGGCUGCCGGCACCAUGGAGAUCGUGUACGUGUACGUCAAGAAGCGAAGCGAGUUCGGGAAGCAGUGCAACUUCUCGGACCGCCAGGCAGAGCUGCACAUCGACAUCCCGCCCAACCCCGAGCUGGCGGAGCAGUUCAUGGAGCGGAACCCCGUGGACACGGGCAUCCAGUGCUCCACCAGCAUGUCGGAGCACGAGGCCAACACAGAGCGAUUCGAGAUGGAGACGCGGGGUGUCAACCACGUGGAGGGGGGUUGGCCCAAGGACGUGAACCCCCUGGAGCUGGAGCAGACCAUCCGCUUCCGGAAGAAGGUGGAGAAAGACGAGAACUACAUCAACACCAUCAUGCAGCUGGGCUUGAUCAUGGAGCACUGCGUGAAGCAGAACAACGCCAUCGACAUCUACCAGGAGUAUUUCGAUGACGAGGACGCGGUGGAAGUGACGGAAGAGGCCCCUUCCGCUAAGACCAUCAAUGUUUUCAGGGACCCCCAGGAGAUCAAGCGGUCGGCCACACACCUGUCCUGGCACCCGGACGGCAACAGGAAGCUGGCGGUGGCGUAUUCUUGCUUGAAUUUUCAACGGGCACCUGAGGGCAUGAGCCAUGACUCGUACAUCUGGGACCUGGCCUGCCAGGGCUGGGAGGAGCCGUCCUCGCCUCUCGUCACCUUGGAGUACAACCCCAAGGACUCGCACGUGCUGCUGGGAGGCUGCUACAACGGGCAGAUCGCCUGCUGGGACACCCGGAAGGGCAGCCUGGUGGCCGAGCUGUCCACCAUUGAGUUCAGCCACCGAGACCCCGUGUACGGCACCAUCUGGCUGCAGUCGAAGACGGGCACUGAGUGUUUCUCGGCAUCCACAGAUGGGCAGGUCAUGUGGUGGGACAUACGCAAGCUGAGCGAGCCCACCGAGGUGGUGAUCAUGGACAUCACCAGGAAGGAGCAGCUGCAGAAUGCCUUGGGGGCCAUCUCCCUGGAGUUCGAGUCCACCUUGCCGACCAAGUUCAUGGUGGGCACGGAGCAAGGCAUCGUCAUCUCCUGCAACCGCAAGGCCAAGACGCAGGCCGAGAAGAUCGUGUGCACCUUCCCUGGCCACCACGGCCCCGUCUACGCCCUCCAGAGGAACCCCUUCUACCCCAAGAACUUCCUGACCGUGGGCGACUGGACCGCCCGCAUCUGGUCGGAGGAGAGCCGCGAGUCGUCCAUCAUGUGGACCAAGUACCACAUGGCGUACCUCAGCGAUGGCGCCUGGAGCCCGGUUAGGCCGGCGGUGUUCUUCACCACCAAGAUGGACGGGACCCUGGACAUCUGGGACUUCGUGUUCAAGCAGUGUGACCCCGCCCUCAGCCUGAAGGUCACGCACACCCUCUCCCCAUGCAGCCGGAUCAGGGGUGGGGAACCUUUUCUCUGCCCGGGGCCGUUUGAAUAUUUAAGCGAGGAGGACCCCGUCUGGCCCCUGUGCCAGGAGCCCCAGCUGCCACCCACUUCCCACGGGCCUCUCUGCCCCUGUCCGGCCCAGAUAUUUGAGCGGGAGACCCGGCGGGAGAAGAUCCUAGAGGCCAGGCACCGGGAGAUGCGGCUGAAGGAGAAGGGCAAGGCGGAGGGCAGGGAGGAGGAGCCCCGGGAGGAGGAGGUCUCCAUCAACCUGGAGGAGCUGGUCGCCAAGGCCGAGGAGGAGUUCUUCAAUGUCAUCUACUCGGAGAUGAAGAGGAAGGAGACGGAAGCCUUGAGGAAGCCCACAGAAGUGAGAGCCUGGGGUGGGGCCCGCAUGGGCGGGGGGAAGGCAUGGCACUGA